AUGACUGGAGGUAAGGGAAAUAUUUCUCAAGAGCUCACCUGUCUUAGUAUCUCUCACGAGUCUGAAAACACAGGUGUUAUGAUCACAAGUAUGGUUUUACACAUCGUCGUCUCCAUAUUGACAGCACUGGAAAAUCUUUUGGUUCUUGUUUCAAUUUUGGGAAGUUCUAGCUUACGGGUUUCACCGUCGAAUAUUCUUCUAUGCGGUCUCGUCCUAUCGGAUUUAUGUACUGGACUGAUAUCAGAAACGUGUUUCAUUACGUUGCAAAUUUUGGUUUACCAAAACAAACUCAAUUCAUGCGUGUUUCCAACCGUCCAUGCCAUAAUAUCUUCGUUCCUUAAAGAAGUAAGUCUUUUUACAGUAACAGCUAUAAGCAUUGACCGUUACUUUGCGAUAUAUUUUCAUCUACGAUACUCAGAAAUAGUCACAGAGAAAAGAGUACGGAUCGCAUUGGUGUGCAUAUGGUUCAUAAGUGGCAUAGGAUCCAUAGCAUGGAGUUCUGGCAAUGUGGCGUUUUCUCAAGUCAUGUUGGUUGUGACAACUGUUUGCCUUGUUGCCAUGUUUUACACUUGGACUAAAAUCUACCAAGUAAUGCGUCGCCAUCAGGCUCAGAUCCAUGAACAAAGGAACACUCCACCACAUCAAAUUGACAUGUGCAGGUUUAAAAAAUCAUUCACUAAUACCAUAUAUAUUUUAAUGAUUUUUCUCGUCUGUUAUCUCCCUUAUCUCCUAAUUUCUUUUAUAUUUUCUUAUAAAUUAAAUCCAACAGAUGCAACAUUUUCGUUUGCAAUGAUCUUUUAUCUUUGCGCACUUCUGAAUUCAUUGCUAAAUCCAUUACUGUACUGUUGGCGUGAUCAUGAUAUUCGCAAUGCAGCUAAACAAACUGUGAUAAAAUUAUUCUGUAGUAGACAAUAA